AUGGCUUUUCCCCGCGGCUCCGGCAGCCCUGACGCCGCCGUGUGCCCUCCCUUCCAGUGCCGGCAAGAUGAGGCCUCCCUCACCCUGCUUCUGCAUGUGCCCGGCAUCCAGCCUCAGAGCCUCAGCGGGGAUGUGGGCACGAACCACUACAGCCUCCACUUUUCCAGUGAUGCUGGCGCCUAUGCACUCUUCUUACAGUUUCCUCCCGCAAACAGGCUGGCAUCCCCCGAGACCAGCAUUAGCGUGUCUGCCCACAACGCUGCAAUCAGGCUCACCAAGGCCCCCGGCAGCACUGAGCCCUGGGAGAAGUUCUGCUUCGGCCUCGACGCCUCCACUCUGCAGCCGCAGGAAGCAGUCCAUUCUGAACGGGAUGGAAAAGAAGAAACACUUAGCAGCUCAGGAGGAGAUCUCGCUGAAAAGACAAACGGCGACUACCCCCAAACAAAGGCAGAAGCAAGCUGUACCGCAGCUGACACGGUUGAAGGAGAACAUGCUACAGAAACCAACAAAACUUCCACGUCUUUUGCAACAGCUGAAACAAUAGGAAAAGUAGGUUGUAGUUCACAGCAUUGUUUGCAGCAUGAACCUUCUGACACCAGUUCAGCAAUUCCUGGCAAAUCUAGGGGAAAGGAACCAGAUUUAGAAAGUGCUGUCACAGUAGGCACAAUGGCUGGCGCUGCAGACUCUGAAGAACAAGCAGACCUUCUGCUGGAGGGGCAGGCGAAAGCGGAAGGGGAUGAAGCGGCUGAGCCCACGGUGUUGGCCCUGCGUAGCCAGUGCAGCUCGGACAGCAGAGCAGCCUCCCCAGUUCUCCAAGAAGUGAACACGCAGGAUGGGAGCGUGCAGAUCGUUAGGGAUCACGUAACGCACUGCCUGGUCAUGUUUCAGAAUUCUUUGCUGUAUGAAUUGGACUAA